AUGAGGACUCGGACUGCUCAAGCAGUCGUGCCAAUUGCCUUAGCCGCACGACAGGUCAAGCUGUCUUCACCCAAACAGAGGCUCCCAAACAAGACUCAUGAUGUAGAAUAUAAGGCUGCGGCGAAAACCCAACGGCAAGCCCGAGAGCCGAUGAAGAGCAAUUACGUUGAUCGAGUCCCAAAAACAAGACCCACCAUCUCAGCCGCCGGCGUCUUGAAGAAGAAGAAGAACAGCGACACUACGCGUGGAAAGAAGUCCCACAGACGCAGAAAGGGGUCACCCGAAUCAGAUUUGUUUAUCAGUUACAAAGAUGGCAUCGAAACCGCGCGCGAUGCCAUCCUCUCCAACACCGAAGCAACCUUUGACUCCGUACACAAAGGUUUCAUGGAACAACUUUCUAAAUCCAAAGCCGGCGACGAAGCUAUCCUCUCGGAAGUCUCGGCCACUCUCGCCAUCCUCUCCGCGCCUGUGGCCGAAGAGCAAAUCGAGAUAGUUACCCGUCAAGGCAGCAAACGCGUAACGGAAAUCGUGAAAAUCGGCAACCGCAUCGCUCAUUUCAAGGACGUUGUCGAGGCCGAAGAAGCAAAACUGGCCGAGUAUUGGAAGCAAUGGGAUGAGUUGCAGAACGAGUAUCUGGAGCUUGGUGUUGAGGUAUUUGGCGCGAAACCCUUUGGCGAGGACGCGAAAGAGGUGGUGGGUAAUGGUAUUGGGAAGGGGUAUAGGAAGGAGAUGGAGUUGCUUGAUUUGAAGCUUAAGACCCAGGCUGAGGAGUGGGAGGAGAAGGUUCAAGAACUUCGUGUUAAGACGCUGCAGAAGAUGAAGGCUUCCGAGAAGGAGCAGGAUGCGUUGACGAAGAAAGAGCAGGCUAAGUUGCUUCAGGCUUUGCUUCAAGAGUGA